CAUGUCGCAACCGCAGGGCAGGGCCCGUGGCAGGGCACGAGGCAGGGGCAGGGGAGCAACGGACGAACCUCCGCCGCGCCGACCAGGCACUCAGGCAGCUUACCAAGGACAGCCCGGGAUGCAGACCUCUCAACCAAUGGCAGCUCAGGGUCGGGGUGGCCCACCAAUGACAGGUCAGGGUGGCCCACCAAUGGCAGCUCAGCGUGGCCCACCAAUGGCAGCUCAGCGUGGCCCACCAAUGGGAGUGCAGUAUGCCGUAGGCCAACCAAUGGGAGCACAGUAUGCAGUAGCCCCACCAAUGGGAGCACAGGGUGAUGUGAGGCCACCAAUGGCAGCUCAGGGUGGACCACCAAUGGGAGCACAGUACGCUGUAGGCCAACCAAUGGGAGCACAGCACACUGUAGGCCCACCAAUGGGAGCAGAGGGUGGAGUUGGACAACCAAUGGCAGCUCCCGUUGCAACUGGCAGAGCCCGACAAAGGGGAGGGGCAACAGCAAGAGCACCUGGAGCCCCGCCCACUUCCCAGCUGGAGGCCCUGACCCUGGGGGAGCGUGCCCCGGGGGUGGGGACAGGAGCGUCAGGAGGAGGAGGGGAGGGGUGGUGGUGGAGGAACCCCACACCAGACCUGAGCACAUGGCCAACAAGAGAGGCACUACAGGAAACCCUGUCAGCAUGAUCACCAACUUCUUCCGGGUGAAGCCGCAGCCCGACUGGGUCCUGUUCCAGUAUCACGUGGAGUUCUCGCCGGAAGUGGAUCACCGCAAAGCUCGCAUCGCCAUGGUCUGCAGCCAGGAGGAUCUCUUAGGACGUACCAAGAUCUUUGACGGGAUGAUCCUUUUUCUGCCCAGGAGACUGGAAAAGGAUAUCCUUUUUCUGCCCAGGAGACUGGAAAAGGAUCAAACGGUGAUAACCACGCAGCGAAAGACGGACGGCUCGCCCGUCAAGAUCACAAUCACGCUGACCAACGAGGUCCCGCCGACGUCGCCGGUCUGUCUCCAGAUCUACAACAUCCUCUUCCGCAAGUUCCUGAAGACCAUCGGGAUGCAGGAGGUCAACAGGAACUACUACAACCCCGGUCAGAAGGUGGACAUCCCACAGCACAGACUGGAGGUAUGGCCAGGGUUCGUGACCUCCAUCCUGCAGUACGAGUCUAAAACCCUCCUGUUGGCCGACGUCUCUCAUAAGAUCAUGCGUACGGACACGGUGCUGGACCUCAUGUACGAUCUGUACGGCCAGGAUCAGCGCAAGUUCUACGAGAAGGCCACCAAGAUGCUCGUGGGGGAGAUUGUGCUGACAAGGUAUAACAACCAGACGUACAGGAUUGAUGACAUCAGUUGGGAGGAGCACCCGACUGACAAGUUUCGCCUGUCGGAUGGAACAGACAUCAGUUUUGUGGAGUACUACGAAAAGCAGUACAACCGCAAGAUCCAGGACAAUGACCAACCUCUCCUGCUUAGCAGGGCCAAGAAAAAGACAAAGGACGGAGAAGUCCUGAUCUUGAAGCUUAUUCCUGAGCUCUGUACCCUGACAGGUUUGACGGAUGAAGCGCGUGCGAACUUCCAGGUGAUGAAGGAUGUGGCUGUGCACACCCGCAUCACGCCUGGUGCCAGGAGCAAGACGCUACAGGGCUUCAUCAACCAACUCAACAGCAACCCUGAUGUGCAGAAGGAGAUGCGGGGUUGGCAGAUCGAGUUUGAUCAGAACUUACUCCAGCUGGACGGUCGCACUCUGCCAAAGGAGAAGCUCUUCUGUCGAGAUGGACACGACCUUGAUUUUAAGCGUGAGAAUGCCGACUGGUCGCGCGAGAUGCGGAGCCGCGCCCUGCUGAGCACCCGGCCGCUGAAGGAGUGGCUUCUCAUCUUCCCCAGGAGACUUGGUCAGAGCGCAAACGACUUCCUCGGCGCCCUGAAACAAGUGGGACCCGCCAUGGACCUCCAGAUCACCAACCCUGUCAUGGUUGACAUCGAAGACGACCAGGCCAGAAGCUACCUGCGCGUGAUGAAAGAACUGCUCAAGCCGGGAGUCACCCAGAUGGUUGUUUGCAUCCUAAAGGGCACGGGAAGGAAGGACACCUAUGAUGCCAUUAAGAAGUUCUGCUGUGUGGAACACCCAGUGCCGAGCCAGGUCAUCUUGUCUAAGACUCUCAACAAGAAGCAGAUGUUGAUGUCUGUGGCCACUAAGAUCGGCAUGCAGCUGAACUGCAAAAUGGGAGGGGAACUUUGGGCCGUAGAGAUCCCGCUGACAAGCCUGAUGGUGGUUGGCAUAGACGUGUACCACGACUCCCUGACUAAGGGCAUGUCUGUGGGAGGGUUUGUGGCCUCCAUGAAUCGUCACCUGACUCGAUGGUACUCCAAAUGCACCUUCCAGCAAACUGGGCAGGAGCUCAUUGACCAGCUCAAGCACUGUCUAGUGGCUUCGCUCAGGAACUAUCAGGCGAUCAACAAAGAGUUCCCUCAGCGUAUCAUCUUCUACCGUGACGGUGUCGGGGACGGGCAGCUGGAGGCCGUGUUGGAACACGAGCUGCCACAGAUCAUGGACACCUUCAGGUCACAGACUGCUGGAUACGAGCCCAAGAUCACGUUCGUCAUCGUGAAGAAACGGAUCAACACGCGGUUCUUCGCUCGCUCUGGUCCCGGGCUGCAGAACCCUCCCCCGGGAACCAUCGUGGAUGACGAAGUCACCAGGCCUGAGUGGUACGAUUUCUUCCUUGUGUCGCAGUCGGUGCGCCAGGGAACGGUCACUCCCUGCCACUACAACGUGGUGUGGGACACCUCUGGCCUCAAGCCUGACCACAUGCAGAGGCUCACCUACAAGCUCUGCCACCUCUACUACAACUGGCCCGGCACCAUCCGAGUCCCCGCCCCGUGCCAGUACGCUCACAAGCUGGCCUUCCUUGUCGGGCAAAGCAUCCACACCAAGCCUGCCGAGGACCUGGCACAAACACUGUUCUUCCUGUAGGUCACAGGUCACGGCCAAAGGGUAGAGGUCACAGGUCACAGGUCAUGACCAAAGUUAGAGAUCAGAGGUCACAGGUCAUGACCAAAGGGUAGAGAUUAGAGGUCACAGGUCAUGACCAAAGGGUAGAGAUUAGAGGUCACAGGUCAUGACCAAAGGGCUUUCAAGCUGGCUUUCCAACAAGAUGUUUGAAAACCUGACAAAACUUAAAAUCCUUCAAACACUUCCAUUUUCUAGUUUGGAUGGACUAGUAAGGAGAAAAUAGUACAUGCCAGUUCUGCUAAACCUGAAGUGCCAAAGUAAACUGUAAGGUACUAGUAGUUCUGAGUAUGUUCCAAAGGUAGAACGACAUUUUAGCAUAAUGAAAGUUUUUAACUCCGUCCUAAGCACAUGUAUUAUGUAUGUCUCUUAGGAGACAUUGUUAACAAGUGCAUUGUAUUCCCAGUAAGACAUAAAGGAACUUUAUACAGCAGGAAACAAAAGAUACCACUGAUUAAGUAAACUUUCAAUCACUGUAAAACUUACAUAAACUAGCAGCAGAUUUUGUUGCAAUCUCAGGGUUUCGUAUACAUUCUCUCAGUGCAUUUUUCCAGUGGAUCUAAACUUUGGAUAUUUUAGUCUAAAUUUCUGGCUAAAUUGCAGAAAGAAACAUUUGUUUCUGCUCUGUUUCUUCUUCCUCUUUUCUUUCAUUCCAAACAAAUUAGGUCAAUGUCCUGAGCUAGAUGUCUGUCACCAUGGUAACUGCUGCUGUAGCAGACAUCCUGUGGUGUUGGGUUACAUCAUGUAGCAAUGGCCACACACUAUAUAUGUUUAUGUGUUUGAGGAAGGAUAAACAGAGCAGUAGUAGUUUAGGCUAGACUCUGUGAAUGUAAACAUGUGGAUUUGUUUUGCAAAUGUUACCUUUCAAAGUUUCUAGUUUUUUUUUGCCAUACAUAAUGCUUUUAACACUUUUAAUAAAAGUUUUACAAAAUAUUAACUCACACUGUGCUAAUAUGAUGCUUUUCAUGAACUACAUACUUGUACUACUUCUUUUAAGGUUGUUGGAUCAAAUAAGAAAGCACAAAAUAUAGGCAUUUGAAUAUGUUGUUUCACUUUUACUAAUAUAAUACUAAUAUGUUUUUUACCUUACAAUUAUAAAGUUAUAAAGUUUCCCAAAACUUCCUAUAGGGCGUAACGGCCGUAACCCCAAUAUUUUUUUUAUAUCUACUGUUAGGCCACACCAAUUUAAUUUGUUGGUUCUCGGAUUU